ACGUCUCAGCCCGAGUCCUGCUAAAAGGAAUUUGAGGGAAUGAUCCUGCUGCUCACCGAGGGGAUCCACGGUGGCUUCCUGACGUCCGCUUUAAGGAAGUCCCAAAGUUAGCCCUACUUUUUUGUGUGUGUGUGUGUAUGUGUGUGUGUGUGUGUUGUAUUCAUCCAGAGAAGAAGGCUUUGACUCGUGAUGUCUGGCGAGCAGGAGAGACAAGAGGCUAUGAACGUAUACUCGGUAACCCUCAGCGGCCCAGCGCCUUGGGGCUUCAGGCUGCAGGGUGGCAAGGACUUCAGCAUGCCCCUCACCGUGUCAAGGCUGACCCCGGGCGGGAAGGCAGCUCAGGCUGGUGUCGGGGUGGGAGACUGGGUGGUGUCCAUCGAUGACGCUAACGCAGAGGACAUGACCCAUGUGGAGGCACAAAACAAGAUCAGAGCAGCAACAGACUCCCUCACCCUCACCCUCAGCAAAGCUUUCAAAGCGGGUGGAGACCAGAAGGACCCACUUGCUCCGGCUUCUGUUCAGCCAAAGUACUCCUUUGCCCCCAGCACAACAAUUAACAAGAUGGCGAGGCCAUUUACACCAGGUGGUGGUAGUGCCAACUCAGGACCUGCUAUUAAACCUGUGGCCUACUCGCCUAAACUUAACACUCCACGCUCACAGGGCCGUGCCAGCAUGCAGCAGCCACAGAAUGGCCUUGAGCCAACUCCCUCACCUGCCAAGGCCCAGGCAGCAGAUAAACCAGAUGGCUCCAAGACUACAGCUGCAGCAGCAGGCAGUUCAGGUCCUUCCAGUCGACCGCCGUGGGUCACUGACCCUAAUUUCGCCGACCGCUUUCGCCCAGACAAGACCAGCACCGUCGUGACCCAGCAUCAGCAGCCGGCCGAGCCGACGCCUAUGCAGAACCGCAGCUCCAUCCUGCAGGCAGCGCAGCAGGCACCUGAGGACAGUGGGAGGACCCCGUUAUGUGGCGCCUGCAACAAAAUCAUAAGGGGUCGGUACCUGGUGGCGCUGGGACGUUCUUGGCACCCCGAGGAAUUUACAUGUUCACAGUGUAAGGCGGUCCUGGAUGAGGGGGGCUUCUUUGAGGAGAGAGGGUCUGUCUACUGUACCAAGUGUCACGAUAACCGAUACGCUCCGAACUGCGCCAAGUGCAAAAAGAAGAUCACAGGGGAAAUCAUGCAUGCCCUGAAGAUGACCUAUCACGUUCAGUGUUUCAAGUGUGCAGCCUGCAAGACUGCCAUCAGGAACCAAGCCUUUUACAUGGAGGAGGGUGAACCCUACUGUGAGAAAGACUAUGAGAAGAUGUUUGGCACCAAAUGCCAUGGCUGUGACUUUAAGAUUGAUGCCGGCGAUCGGUUUCUGGAGGCCUUGGGCUACAGCUGGCACGAUACGUGCUUCGUCUGUGCUCUCUGCCAAAUCAACCUGGAGGGGAAGACGUUCUACUCGAAGAAGGAUAAGCCCUUGUGCAAAGGCCAUGCCUUUGCUCCGGUGUGAGAGAGCGAGCUUCAUCUUCAGAGGAAGGAGCGCUUCUCUCUCUCUCCCUCCUCUUUACCCCACUCCGCCCUCCGGCACACUCGUACACACUCUACAUCUCCUCUUUGCCAGCCACACACCUAGUUAAAGUUAAAACUCCGUCUUUUUUCUAUCUUGCAGACUUUGUUUGUAUAUUUGAGGCUUAAUGUUAGCUUCACGUACUCUGACUUUACUGUGCUGUUAGGACCAUUCAAAAAUUACUGCCUGUAAUACCAAAUGCUGUGUUGUAUAACUGGAAGUAGUCAAGGCAUUAUUUCAUGUCAUCACUAACUUUUGGACAUUGGACAUUAAAAAUACAGCUGCAGUCAUCUAGAUUUAAUCAUAGUUGUUAGUUAAAAAUACUCACGACUCACUCUAAUCUCCUCCUUGUUCAGUCAGAAGUAAGAUCAAGUCGGUAUCUUCCAAGUUGGAGGAGUCACUUAGCCUUUAAUAAUCUCACAUAUUGCAGUAAUGAUCUGCCACCGCUCCUGUAGUAAGUGUAGGGAAGUGGUGGCCCCAUUCAGGACCCCAGCCCACUCACCGACUCUUACUGCAGUGCCUAUUAACAUAAUGGGGGUCCAGUGAAGCAUAAAAGGGGGUGUCCCAUUUCUGCCUGACUGGACCCCCGCACCUCUUCACAGAAGCACUAACGGCUUUACUUAUCACUUUGGCUCCGGCACACUGCAGUUAAUAACUGUAAUUUUGAUCAUGUAAUAAUCCUUAAUUGACCCAAAUGGAAUAGUCGAAGAUGUAGGUGACAGACACAGCGCUAUUAUUGUUUUUAAAUGUUUCACACUCCUGAGGUAAGGAGAUUUGUCAAAGCUUUGAAAAUAUCAUUUAUUGGACAUUUUAAUGUAAGAAAAACAUGUUUGUCCCUCAUGUUCCAAUGAUGUUGUGAUUGUUCCAUAGAGUACUUUCAAGCCAUUGUUUAUUAUGUAUUUAUAUUGCUUCAGAACGGGCCUGUAAGUGUUGUUUUUAUAGUUGCUGGACAUUUCAAAUAAAAUUAAUCAGUAAUUCCUC